AUCACCCGCGGUUAUCAUUCAUUCAUGAGUCUCCAAUCAGAAGCGUAGAUUUUUCGUGCUCCCACAUUCCAUUACCAAUCAAACAAUUUGCCGAUCGGGGUGUUUUACAAUCGUAUUAUAAAUCAGACCAAUCAAGAUGAAAACACUAAUUAACACGUUAUCGGUGUUCCUGAUAUUGGUGUCGGCUUCCAGCUUGGUACAAGCCGAACGUGAGGACCCGUUGCAGGUUUUUCCGCAGCUGAAACGUUCUAGGAGAAUUGUAGCUGGCUUUGCAAGCUUCCUGGCGGCCUCUCAAAGUGAUGUAAUACUCUCCGAAGAAAGUUUCAUUCGGACGUCCAUCAGUGAUGAAUCUGCCUUAUUGAAAGAAUUGACCGGUGAUGAUGUCCAGGCCAGUGGUCCACAGUGUACCCAAUUCGUUCGGCAGAGCAGCAAUGUUCUGAUGAGUUUGGCCGGAAUCGCUUACAGUAACUGCUUCAACGAUGCCGACGAUCAAGUGUUCAACGAAUUGUCGAAAAUCUCUGAGCUCCAGCUGACACGUGAGCAGUACGAACAGUUCAACCUGUUGGGAGCUUUCCGAGGAGAGAACAUCUUCGUAGAUCCAUCGCAAAUUCGCGACAAGCUGUUGGCUCGUUCGCAAGCCCUGGUCAACAUUCCGACCGUAUCAUCCGAAAGUCUCGAUGCUCUUCGAGUGGCAUUCGGUGAAAUUAGAACCAACUUCCAAAGCUGUAUGGCUGCAGCCCAGGCGAGGUUGGCGGACAACUUGAAAUUUGCUUCUCAACAAGUGCGGGCAAUUUGUGCCAGAGAAGCAUCAAAGCAAAUUUAAGAGGUGUUUCGUUUGGCUGAUUCUCGAGAUGUUUUUCCAACCGGCGCUGGCCAAUGCGGGACGGUAAAGUUGAUGAAAUAAAUUAUUCAGGAGUGUUUAUUAUGCAUCGAAAGAAGUAUUUUCGCCAUUGAAAUUGAGCGAAAAAUUCUAAUCGUUAAAAUGGG